AUGGCAUCGUUAAUUAAAAAUCAAAUUAUCAAACGUUUAUCGAAAUUUGUUAAAAAUCUAUCAUCAAAUCAAAUCAAUUUAAGUACAUUAAAAGGCGAAGGUGAAUUAUCAUCAAUUGAUUUAGAUGAACAAGCAUUAGAAGAUGUUAUUGAAUUACCAACAUGGCUUAAAAUUCGAAAAGCAACAUGUGGCCGAGUUUUUAUUAAAAUUCCUUGGACAAAUUUAAAAACAUUACCAAUUCAAUUACAAUUAGAUGAUGUAACAAUAGAAAUUGAAACAUACGAACAAUUAAGAGAUUUCCGUAAUUCAAAUGAUUCAUCGAAUGCUAAUGAUCCAUUAUUGGGUAAAUACGGUUUUACAAAUCGAGUUAUUGAUGGUAUUUCAUUGACAAUUACAAAUUUAACAUUUGCUGUAAAAGCUCAAGCUUUUAAAGCAUCUAUUUUUUUACCAAGUCUUGAAAUUUAUAGUAUAACACCUUAUGGAAAAAGAGUUGAUACAUUAAAGUUAACUCGUCUUCCUAAUUCAACUAAAGAUCAUAUUCUUCUUUUUAAAGAAAUUUCAUGGCAAAAUGCACGUAUUGAAGCAUCAUCAAAUGAUAGUAGUAUGGCAACAGCAGCUAUACGCUUGAUUGCUAAUGCAUGUCGAAUAAGAAUUUCUAUGAAAAAAAAUCUUCAAGAUAGUACAAUGGUAACAUCACGUGUUAUGGUUCAUUUUGAUGAUCUUUUAUCAGUUGUUAAUGAUGCACAACUUAAAUCAGCUCUAAAUACUUAUAAAGAAAUUACACAAUUAAUGAAACGUGCAUCUGAACAACGAAAACGUAUAGCUGGAGAUAAAUUAACAAAAUUAGAACAGCAACAACAACCAUCAACAUUUCAGCCAAAACCGCCAACAACAGGCAACAAUGAUUCAAUAAAUUCUAGUGGCACAUUAAAUAUCCAACAACAAUCGAAUGAUCCUUUUAAUCAUUAUGAUAUCGUUGAAACAUCAUUACAUUUUAAUAUUAAACGAUUGGAUAUACAUAUUAUUGCUGAUUCAAAGAUUUUUAGUAGCCGUCUAGCUGAAGGUGGUGCACUUCAAAUAACAUUAGCAAAUUUAUCUAUAGAUCAUUAUCCUUAUCAUGAAUAUGGAUCAUCAAAAACUCAUUGGAUAAAAUAUAGUGAAAUGUUAGCAUUAAAUCGAGAUGAAUGGGCAACACGAUUAAAAGAAGAAUGGACUGAACAAUUUACAUCUGCUAAAAAUAAUGCACCGAAUGAUGAAACAUCUGCAAAAUUAGAAAAAGCUCUUCGUACAAAUCGUAUUCGUUUAUUUGAAUCGUGUACUGUUAUGAAUAUAGAUGAUCUUGUACUUUAUCCUGUUUCAUUACAUAGUAAUACAAAUAAACAUGAAGAACAAAAACGUCGUCGACCAUUAAUUACAUCAGAUCGAACACAAUAUCAAUUACCAGAAUUUUUAGGUGUUAUUCAUAUUCAACAUACUGAAUAUUAUUAUCCAUUACCAUAUGCAUUUCCUAUACCAAAUAGUGAUUUAUAUAUUCAAAUAAUGCCUGUGGUUAUGCGCAUUGAUUUUGCAACAUAUAGUUGGCUUCAUGCCUUUCUUUCAUCAGUAUCAAUGACUAUAGAUAAUUCAGGUGUAUUAAAAAAUGAUAAACCUAGUAUGGAUCUUGAACAUGUAGCUAUUAAAAUAGAAGCUAUGUUACCACGAAUUGUUAUUAGUUCGGAUAUAUUUUCUGGUGCCUAUCAAUUACAAGAAGCUAAACAUGAAAAUAAUCCUAUACCAAGUUUAUUAGAACAUAAAGAAAUAUCAAAUCAACAGAAACUUGAAAUACUUGAAUUAAAUAUUUCAAAAGUAUUAAUUACAAAUUCUCGUUCCGAAUUAACUAGUAAUCGAAAUAAACUUGAACAACAUUUAGAAUUAUUUAAAAAAACGAAUUUUUUUCAAUUAAAUCAAUGGCCAUUAUCAAAUGAUUCAUCGAAUACAACACGUAUUAGUCCAUUAUUUAAUAAACAUCCGUAUGAAACAUAUUUAUAUAAUAAUCCGUUAACUAAAAAAAUUGGUAGUACAUUACCUGAAUCACCAUCGGCUAACGCAGCACUACAUUCAUAUUAUACAAUGACGACAGAUUCAUUGAAGAAGGCUGCAAAAUAUGAUAUUUGGCAUUUUAAUGCCGACAGUAUUUAUAUGGAUUUUACACCAGCAUCUCCGUCAGAAUCUGUUCGAUUAGCAAAACAAAAUAUGACUGAUUCUUUUGCAAUAUCAGGUUGGGUUGUAGUUGAUGAAAAUCAAAAAGUUGGAUCUUCAACACCAUCAGCUUGGGUAAAUAUUUUAAGUGUUCUCGAAGCACCAUCAAUGUUUAAAAUUUCUCAAAAACAAUAUACAUUUAUUAUGCAUCUACUCGAUGAAUUGGGUUUAUUUCUUGAUGUACUCGAACAAAAUAAAGUUCAAAGUCAUUUAAUAAAACAACAACUCCAACAGAUUUCAUCUUUAUCUAGCAAACCUUCUAAAGAUAUAAAAAUAAAUGUUUGUUUAAUUUCACCAACAACAUUUACACUUGCUGUUAUCGAUGGUCUUGAAGAUGCUAUGAUUAAUCUUGCAAUACCACCUCCUCCACCUAGUCUACCUGAAGCAGCAGAAAUAGAAUCUAUUAUGCAUGAUACAUCUGAUUCAAAUAUUGUUAUUGAUUUAAUAACAGCAUCAACAGCUAUUGUUGCUAGUACGGCUAAACUUGAAUCAUCAUCAUCAUCGAUUACUAGUAUUGAAGAUAAUAAAAAUUCGAACAGUAAAAGUUUUAAUUCAUUAGGACAAAAAAAAUCUAAAAUAGAAGACAAUAUUCAACGUGGAUUAGAAAUAACAUCAAAAGGUUCACGUGGUUCUUCACAAACAUCAUUAGUAAAUAUGGUUGAUAAUGGUGAUGAAACAUCAUCACAAUGGGAUCAAUUAAGUGAAGAUUUAGAUGCUGAUGUUGAUCCAACUUUAUUAAACAAUGAAUAUGAACAACAACAGCAACAACAACAACAAGAAAAACCAGCACGUAUUGAACUUGAUGAUGAUAGUAUUAGUCUAGCAGAAAAAACUAAUAUUAAUAAUAUUGUCAUUGGAACAAAUGCAUUAGAAUCCAUUAACGGAGCAUUUGUUAAAUUAAAUCAAAUAAAAAUUUAUAUAACUGCAGAUGAAGAAAAAAAUGGUAAAUCAAUUUAUAUGGCUUGUAAUGUACAGAAUUUACGUAUUGAUGAAUUUCAUUCAUUGAAAUUUGAUUCAAUUAAACCAAAAUUAUUUGAAAAUGAAAAUCCUGAUAAACUUAAUAAUGAAAAUGCUCCGCCAAUUAAUAUGCGUGUUGAUUUUUCUAAAGACAAAUCAAGUUCAUUACCAAGUGUUACUAUUAAAAUAAAAAAUCGUAUUCUUGCUAUUGCUACACAUGCUCUUGAUAUACUUGUACAAAAUCUUGAAGAAGUUCGUACAAGUGAAGAAAAAAGUCUUAGAAAAAAUCGUCCACAGAAAUCUGUUCCUAUUGAUGUUCAUCUCAAUAAUGUACAAUUGUUAUUUGGACAUGCGCAUGAAUAUACAACGACAGCACCAUUGGUAGAAAUAAAACCACCAAUAAAACUUCAUAUUAAACGUAUGCAUGUUCUCAGACAAAUUGAUGGACAAAUUAUGAUUCAAACAGAUGAGAAUGAAGGUGACUUAAAUAAUACAAUUUCAUCUAAAUUGAGCAAUGAUGAUCAUGAUGUUCAAGAAAAAUUACGACAAGCGGAAAUGAUUCGACUUGAAAAUGACCGACUUCGUUCAGAAUUAAGUGUCCGUAAAAAAGAAAUAAAUGUUCUACGUGGUGAACGAGAUAGUUUAAUGAAUACAAUUUCAAAGCUUGAUCUUGAAUUGACUGAAGCUGAACAUCGACGAAUGAUGCAACAACAACAACCUAGAAAAAAAUAA